UUUUUUUUUUUUUUUUUUUGCAGGUUGUGUUUGGGAACACGUUCAGCUCAGCGCGCGCUUCGAUCACCGUGAGCGCACGAGAUAAUCCGGGUAUCUCCGCGAACCUGUCAGGUCUCCAUGCUCCGUUUGCGCGCGACACUGUCGGGAAUAUUGCUCCUCGGAUUUGUGACGCUCGCGCACGCCGAGGAAUGUGCGAAUAAUGCGACUCCCAGAUGCGACUGCAGCGGAGUCCGAGGCGAAAAGGGCGAUCCAGGUUUUCCAGGUCUAACUGGAUCAGAAGGGGAAGAUGGAGUUCCAGGAGAUGAAGGUCACCCUGGCCCCAUGGGCCCCAUGGGUGAAACAGGACAACCGGGUUUACAAGGCCCUAAAGGCUCACGGGGACACCCUGGAAAACCAGGAAGCUUGGGUUAUCCUGGAAUACCUGGACUCCCAGGAAAUGAAGGGCCUCAGGGAUUACCCGGUAGCCCAGGAUGCAAUGGCACAAAGGGUGACCGUGGGAAUCCUGGAGCCCCAGGAACGUGCGGAGCUGCCGGCUUACAGGGUGAAGACGGUGCCCCUGGCCCUAAGGGGGACACGUGUUACUUCCCUUUUCCUGAAGAUUUGAAGGGGAAAAAAGGGUUGCCAGGUAGAGAUGGGCCCAAGGGUGAACCUGGAUUUGAGGGUGACUGUGGACAACCUGGACCAAUGGGAUGUGUAGGACCUACUGGAGCACGAGGACGUCCCGGCCUUCCAGGAGAAAAGGGUCAAGAAGGACGCCCAUCAUUAACUGGCCCCCAGGGUCUAAAAGGGUUGAGAGGAAUUCCCGGCGUUCCGGGGCAGAGGGGUGAAUGUCAGUUUGCGACAGCACAUAGAGAGCUUAAAGGAGAUCCGGGCGACCCGGGAGACUGCGGCGUUCCUGGACCCACUGGUCUUCCAGGGCCGUGUGGCCCCAAAGGACCGAAAGGCUGCAGAGGAGAUCCAGGACCUCUGGGUGAAGACGGGCUGGCUGGGCUUCCGGGAGAGUGUGGGCUUAAUGGUAUUCCUGGAGUCAGGGGAGAACCUGGGCUUCCUGGUCCCUAUGGUUUAAAGGGGGAAAAAGGUGACCGUGGUGGCAUUGGUCCUCCAGGAAACUGCGUAAUGAAUCCGCCUGUGAAAGGUGAAAGAGGAUAUAAGGGCUUACCUGGACCUCCUGGCCUUAAAGGAUUUCAAGGUAUAAGUGGAUUUCCUGGAAACUCAGGCAUUCCAGGACCAGGUAUACCAGGAGAACCUGGGGAGUCUGGACCCCCAGGCUUUAGCGGAAUUAAGGGUGAAAAGGGAGAACGAGCAGAUCAAGAUAUCGGCCCAAUGGGACCCGAUGGACCUCAGGGAAAAUUUGGAUAUCCUGGUGAUCCGGGUCCUAAAGGACUACCAGAUAUUUAUAAACAAGACGGUCUGCCAGGGUUGAGGGGACCGAAAGGCGAACAAGGGUCUCAUGGUGAAACAGGCAGACCUGGUGAAAAAGGUGAUGAAGGAGACCAGUGCAUAGAGUGCCCUUAUGUAGGUCCUUCAUAUGGACCUACAGGACCACGUGGUUUACCUGGUGCACUUGGAGAUCCAGGUCCUAAUGGAGAACCGGGCAGCAGAGGAUCAAUCGGAAUUAAGGGGCAGUUUGGUCCACCUGGCAAUCCGGGUUUGCUUGGUCUUCCUGGCACUCAAGGACCUCAGGGACAAAAGGGAGAACCUGGCUUUAUAGGACCUGGAGAUAAUGGGGACCAAGGUGACCCAGGAUUACAAGGAGACCCAGGCAGGAUUGGAAAGGAUGGGAUUUGUGGAAAGCCAGGAUUGAAAGGCACAAUGGGAGAGAAGGGCAAUCCAGGUCCUGCUGGACCUAAGGGUAACAGGGGUGACCCUGGAACAGAUGGAUUACCAGGAUUUGCUGGUAAAAUGGGAGAUCAGGGCAGCCUUGGGAUUGGAGCACCAGGGGAACAUGGUGAGAAGGGCACCUUAGGAGUUCCUGGCCUGCCGGGGAAUCCUGGAGAUCCAGGCAUGAAAGGUGAACCUGGUUUGGUCUUUAUGAUACCUGGAGACCCUGGAAAGUGUGGAAAAAAGGGUCCUAAUGGUCUACCAGGGGAACCUGGAUGCCUGGGACCCAAAGGUUUACCUGGACUUCCAGGACCUUGUGGCAUAAAAGGUGAAAAAGGCCCGUCUCUACCAGGGUUACAAGGACUGCCUGGUUUAAAAGGUGAAAAGGGCUGUCGAGGUUCUCAAGGUCCACCUAGCAUUGGGCUACCUGGUUUCCCAGGACCUAUAGGGCAAUGUGGAAUGCCAGGGUUGAAGGGUAAUAAUGGCACUGGUCCUCCAGGGUGCUCUGGUCCAAGAGGGUCUCCAGGAGAAGAUGGGAUGCUUGGGCCUACUGGUGAACCAGGUUGUCCAGGAAGUCCUGGAGUUUCUGGACAGCCAGGGAGAGAUGGAUGCCCAGGGCCUAAGGGUGACACAGGACUUGACGGACCACCAGGGGUGACUGGUCCAGCAGGAGUCUGUGUGUCUGGGUGUCCAGGUGAAAACGGAGCCCAAGGUCAGAAUGGAAUACCUGGAAUGACAGGAUGUCGUGGUCAGAAAGGUAGGAACGGUGAGCCUGGAUGUCCAGGGCAAGAUUUGCCUGGUUCUCCUGGGCCAUUUGGUAUACCUGGUUUUAAUGGAGAACCUGGUCCGGCUGGUCCAGCUGGUCAAAAGGGAUACAAGGGGAAGAAUGGCAUUCCUGGCUACACAGGUUCACGGGGGAACGAUGGGCCUCCUGGGAAAUGUGGUUUUCCUGGACCGCCUGGAAAUCCUGGAUGUCCUGGAAGGCCUGGACCUAAAGGUUGUGCAGGCAGUGAUGGACAACCAGGUUACAGAGGCCCACAAGGCCUGAAAGGGGAACAGGGGGAUCCUGGUCCUAAAGGAGAACCUCAGAAUGUCUACAAUCCUGGGGACCCAGGAGACCCUGGAGAUAGAGGUCAUGCUGGUCUAACUGGGCUUAAAGGGGACAAAGGAAUCCAGGGACCACCUGGCAGCUGUGGGAAACAUGGAUUACAAGGCUCCGCUGGACCACCAGGACCUCCUGGAGAACGUGGUCCAGAAGGCUUAGAAGGUGAACCUGGUGUUUCUGGCUAUGUUGGAGAAGAAGGACUUAUGGGAAUGCCAGGUGCCAAAGGUGAGAAGGGGGAACCAGGUAAAAUCGGAACACCGGGAGAUCCUGGUAUUCCAGGAGCAAAUGGCCCAAAGGGGCUCAAAGGUGAACCAAGUUUUCCUGGGCAAGGUGUCCAAGGAUUCACUGGAGAAAAGGGUGAACAAGGCAUUCGUGGCAUUAAAGGACAGAAAGGAGGACGAGGAACGUGUGGCCCUGCUGGUGCUUCAGGAUCAGAAGGGCUAAAUGGACCGCCUGGAGAUUCAGGACUACCCGGACUACCAGGACCCCCAGGAUUGCAUGGAGAAAAAGGUUUUGUUGGACAUCAAGGUCCUCCAGGAUAUCCAGGAUCAAUAGGACCACCAGGUAGUUCUGGGUCCCCGGGCAAUCCAGGUCCUCACGGUAUAAAAGGAAACCAGGGCAUGGACGGUAUUCCUGGAGCCCCUGGAGAAAAAGGGAAUGCAGGAGUUCCUGGAUAUGGAGAUCCAGGGCCAGCUGGUGCCAGGGGUGAAGCAGGUGCUAAAGGUGAACCAGGACCCAUGGGAGAAAUUGGACUUCCAGGACCGUGCGGUCCAGUGGGAGACCGAGGGCCUUGUGGUGUUGCAGGACCCCCAGGACCCUUUGGGAAUCCUGGUGCACAGGGUUUGUGUGUGGAUGGGCCUAAAGGGGAGCGAGGACCUCCAGGAGGACCAGGACCACCAGGCCCCAGUGGGAUAUCUGGUCCCCCAGGACCACCUGGUCUAGGCUUAAAGGGAGAAAAGGGCAACACCGGGACUUCUGGAGCACUGGGAGUUUUCGGUUGUCCAGGAGACACUGGUCUACAAGGGAUUCCUGGUAAACCUGGGAGUGUUGGUUACCCUGGUGAGAAAGGAGAAAGAGGACUAAAGGGUGAAACCGGACCUCGAGGCCAAAGAGGAACAGAUGGAUCAAAUGGUCCACAAGGAUCUGAAGGACUCAAAGGGCAAAGAGGAGCACCAGGUGUGCCAGGGGAAGAUGUUUACUACGGAAACAUUGUUCUUUCUGGAGAUCGUGGUCUGCCUGGACCUAAAGGAGAACAAGGACCCCCUGGAGAACCUGGUCUACAGGGGCUUCCUGGGCGAGCAGGGAUCCCUGGUCCUAAAGGAGCCCCAGGCCGAGACGGGCUGAGCGGUGUUAUAGGUUUACCUGGACCCAAAGGGAACCAAGGUUUAACAGGACUGCCAGGCGCUCCAGGUUUUAUUGGUGCUGACGGACAGAAGGGUACCAGAGGGGCAUCAGGGGCAUCAGGGUGCAGAUCCAAAGCCACCAGAGACAGCUUUCUGUUCACUAAACACAGUCAGACACAAGACAUCCCUCACUGCCCUCAGGGCUCCAGUGAAGUCUACUCAGGAUACUCGCUCCUGUUUAUCAACGGAAAUAACCGAGGGCAUGGCCAAGAUCUCGGCACUGUGGGAAGCUGUCUUCAGAUGUUCUCCACCAUGCCCUUCCUGUUCUGUAAUAUGGACAGCACCUGUCGCUACGCCUCCCGGAACGACUACUCCUACUGGCUGUCCACCGACACGCACAUGCCCAGUGACGUGCCCUUCAUCGCAGGGGAUUCACUGGUGCAGUAUGUUAGCAGGUAUGUGUCAGUAUGUGAGGCUCCAGGUAAUGUGAUAGCGUUUCACAGCCAGAACAACACAAUCCCUUCGUGUCCCUUCGGAUGGCAGUCUCUGUGGCAAGGCUACUCUUAUGUCAUGCAAACGGGUGUAGGAUCCGAGGGCUCGGGACAGCCCUUGUCCUCUCCUGGAUCCUGUCUGGUGAAUUUCCAGAGGAUUCCCUUCAUCGAGUGUCAUGGCCGCGGCACUUGUAACUAUUACUCAGAUUCCUACAGCUACUGGCUGGCUGCUCUGGAUCCUAGCCAGAUGUUCAGUAAACCAGCAUCACGGAUACUAAACGAUGACGAUCCAAGCAUCAUCAGUCGCUGUAGUGUGUGCAUGAAGCAGCAGGCGUGCGCUCGGACAUCCUGAACCCCGGGGGGCGAUGAUGCGGCCGACGUGAAGACCGAAAUGUUUUACAUGUUUGAACUUUGCUUUUUGUAAACGGAGGUGUUUGUUCCCAUCGAGCUCGAAUCCUAUCGCUCGAGAUCCUAAAGAUGGUUCUGUGAGGAUGACAACAAAAUAAUGGACUAGAACUAAUGGACUAAUUUCCAAUUUUUUUAUAAAAGCUUUUAAUUUUUUUUUUUUUAGCAAUACUCAUGUACGCAUUUUUUUUGCUGACCCACUCACUCACUGAUUCACUCAUUCACAGAUUUACUCACUCACAGAUUCACUC